AUGAAUGCGAAAGGGACCGACAAUAGUCGGAAACUAGUGUUCACACCGAUUAAAACUGAUACUACACUUGAUCUUGGCGAAAAAGCCGGGAAGCUAUGGCUGUAA